AUGUCCAGGUUUGAGAUUAGUGUCAGUCCUGAGGCGUCCAACCCGUACCUGACGAGCCGGAGCGGCGGCACCGUGACGUCGGGCGGCCGCUUCCGCUGCCCGUCCUGCCGCCACGAGGUCGUCCUGGACCGCCACGGCGUCUACGGCCUGCAGAGGAACCUGCUGGUGGAGAACAUCAUCGACAUGUACAAGCAGGGCAGCAGCAGCAGCAAGCCGGCCCCGGAGCCGCCGUGCGAGCAGCCGACGUGCGAGGAGCACGAGGACGAGCGGAUCAACAUCUACUGCGUGAGCUGCGGCGUGCCCACCUGCUCGCUCUGCAAGGUGUUCGGCGCCCACAAGGACUGCGAGGUCGCACCGCUCAACAACGUCUUCCAGAAACAGAAGGGCGAGCUGACUGACUGUAUCUCCAUGCUGGUUGGGAAUAACGAGCGGGUUCAGGCGAUCAUCACUCAGCUGGAGGAGACCUGCAGAGCCAUCGACGAGAACGGGCGCAGGCAGAAGUCGAAGGUGUGCGAGACGUUCGACCACCUGUACGCCGUCCUGGAGGAGAAGAAGGGCGAGAUGACGCUGCGGAUCAACGCCGAGCAGGACGAGAAGCUGCACUACAUCCGCAGCCUGAGGAGGAAGUACAGCGACCACCUGGAGAGCAUGGCCAAGGUGCUGGAGAGCGGCAUCCAGACCAUGGACGAGUCCGAGAUGGCCAUCUUCCUGCAGCGCUGA